AUGAAUGGGAAUAAGCAUACCAUAAAUACCCAUGAACAACCACAGGAACAAGUACAGGAACAAUCACUUGAGGAUAGUAUAUCUUCAUUGUUAUCUCAAGUUUCAAAUGAUUCAUUAAACUUUGAAUAUAAAUCAAUAACUUCAUCUUUCAAGAAAUCUGCUAAAUUAUUCAUAAAUAAGAAAUUUUUGGAUUCAUAUAAUAUUAUUAAAACAAUUAUAUAUGAAAGUAUUGAUUUGAAAAAUCAAAAUAUAAUAUCUGAAUAUGAAUUUAUAAAUAUUUGGUCAUUAUACUUUAAUUUAUUAGAUAUUUUUUUGAAUAAAUCAAUCAUAUCCAUACCUAAAUCUGAAAAAGAUUCAAUUUAUCAAAAAUUAUUUAAAUCAAAUGAAUUUUGGAAUAUUUUCCAGAAUCAAUUAAAUCAAAUUGUUGAUCCAAAAUUAAUUGUAUUACUAGUAUUAAUUAAAUUAAAUAAUAAUGAAAUUGAUACUGAUGAAUUACAAAAUUUAAGACAACAAAUUGAUUUAUAUAUGGUUAAUUUCACUUCAAUUUAUAAUAUAAAUGAUCAGCUUGCAGAAUCAAACCAUGAGAAAUUACAAUCUUUUAAUGAAUUAUUAGAAAUUUAUCACGUUUUCCUUUUAUCAAAAUUAAAUGAGUUUGAAGAAAGUGAAUAUUUAAUAAAUUCAAAUCCAUAUAUUUUUGAUAAAAUUGAAAUGAUUUCAAAACUUUAUCAAACAAAGAAAGAUAUAGAAGAAUCAAUUAAAAAGCAAAAAGAAUUAAAAGCUAAAAAAAUUGAAGAAUUAAGGAAAAGAAAAGAAUUACAACAAAAAGAAGAUGAAGAACUCAAGAAACAAAAAGAAUUUGAAAAACAACAAAAAGAAUUGAUUAAAUCACAAAGAAAUCAUAAUAAAAAAAUCUCAAAAUCUAUAACUUCAUCUAAAGAUACAACAAUAUUUGAAAUAAUCAAAAAAAGAUUUUUUAAAAAUUCCCAACUUUUACAAAAUAAUCAAAUUUUAUUCAUUAUAUUCACAUUGAUUUCAUUAUUAUUAUUUGUUAAAAAUCAUAAAAUUUUAACAUUGAACAAUAAAAUUAGACCUAUUUUAACCAAUAUCUGGAAUAAAUUGAAUACCACAUUGAAAAUGGCAUUCCAAGUAACAUAUAUGUAA